AUGGUGCAGUACAUUGAUAGUCACUGUCACCUGACUACUAGUAGUCAAGAUGGAGGUGUAGGACGACAGUAUGAGGUGGACCAUACUGAAAUGCAGCUGUAUGUUAUGUCAUGCAAUGCGUUGGACUGGAAGGCAUUGAAAGCUGUUGGAGUAAAGCAACAAGACAUUGUGGUUGGGUUUGGUGUUCAGCCUUACUAUUCACAUCUGUUUAGGUUAGGUGGGGGUGCAAGUGUGAGCAAAGAGGAGCAUUACAAGGGUGUGUUGGAAAGUAAGGAUGGGCAGCAGUUGUGUGAGGUCAUCGGGGUGCUGCCGGAGCCCAUUAAUAUAGAAGAGUAUAUCACAGGUGCAUUUGAGGAGUUCGGGGAACAAAUCCGAUGCAUUGGAGAGAUUGGGCUUGAUGGAGCGUUCCGUUUGCCGUCAAAUGGAUUUAACCAGGAGGAUAGUACCGGGGAUGCUGUCGGGCUCACCAACGUGCGGGUUAGAAUGUCGCAUCAAGUGGCAAUUUUCAAGAGAUUUUGUGAGGUGGCUGUAGCAAAACGAUUACCAGUGUCUAUACAUUCCGUGAGGUGCCAUGGGAAGAUGUUUGAACUAUGUAGAGAAUUACUGCUCCCUCAUGAAGAGGUUAAAAUUGAUAUGCAUUCCUAUUCAGGAAGUGUAGAAUCUGUCAGUACUUGUUGGCUCAGAUGCUUCCCCCAGAACAGGAUCUAUUUUGGCAUCUCUAAAAUACACUCUUUAAAGAACUAUGCCCGUGGACUAGACUUGCUUAGAUCGAUUCCAUUGGAAUGCUUGCUUACUGAGACUGAUUUGCCAGUUAAUUCAACACCCGCACAAAUACUCAAAAAAAAUAUUGAAUAUGUAAUAGAAGCAAUAAGAGCAUCACAUAAACUGGCGUCUACUCACGAAGCAGUUGCUCAAAUUUAUGAAAACUCCUGUAGGUUUCUUUCUGUGUAA